AUGGGAAAUCAGAAUUCUUCAAUUGAUCGAGAACUUACUUUAAAAAUCAGAGUUAAAAAUCAUGAACAUAAAGUGAUAUACGAAUCCUUCCAAUGUACAUUACCUAACAAGAAUCUUGACAAAAUCCGAAAUCUGCUUGGGGACGUUAAUAAUCCGCAAUGUUUCCGUAUGAAAGCAGAUGAUUAUUUUUUAGGCGAGAAAGAUAAAAUUUUAUACAAAGAGGAGGAGUCUAAAAUUAAUUUGGAAGAAAUUAUCAAUGACAGAUGCAUUUUAAAUAUCGUUCAAUCUCAUAUUGAUUGGCAGCCUCUGAUUGAUAUGUGUGAUCAUGGAUUUAUAAUUGAUAAUGAAAAUGACGUCGAUAAGGCUAAACAUCGUGCAUUUAAGAUAAAUGAAGAAAAAAUCAGACCAGAAUGUAAGAAAAUUUUAAAAUGUGCGAUGGAUAAACGACAAGAAAACCAUGAAAGUGAAUUUGAAGAAUUAUGUAAACGAAACUUCAUAGCGCACGGGAAAUUGUCUAUUUCACCCUGGCUUUCAAUAUUUCUUGGAAAAUCUAAAGAAGAAUCACAUAAAAUGCUCGAAAAACAAUCUACCAAAUAUUCAUAUACUGAAUUAAAAAAGGCGGAGCUUACCAUACCAAAAUCGUGUAUUACGUUAACUGAUGAUUUUAAAAACGAUGUUAUAAAAGCAUUAUCAAAAGGAACUACAAGCGAUAAAAUAGAUGAACUUCGUAAUAUAUCAAAAAAAUAUGGUCAUUUUUAUGCUCAUCGUAUAACUUUUGGUGGUGCUGUUAUUGAAAAACUCACAAAUAUCGAAGUUUCUAACUCGAGAAAUAAAAGCAAUAGAUCUACUUUACAAGUAAAUGCUAAUAAAAUGGUAGAUCUAUCUAUUUCUCAAGACACCAAUAAUAAUGUAAAACAUUCAACGAGCAGUGAAAAAGGGCUCCUACGCAUUAGGGGUGGAUUGGAAUCUACAUAUGGAAAUAUAAAAACUGAUAUAGCACCUUGGCUUAAUUCACUUGCCGAUUUUCAAACUUGGAAAAUAAUUAAAUAUGAUGACAUUUGUCCAAUAUUUAAAUUAUUAGAUGAUGAACUGCAAGAAAAAGUUCUAAUUGCUUUAGGUCAGAGAAUUUUAGCAGCGGAUGUUAAACCAAUAAUAUGCAAUCCUAAUGAAGAAGAACCGUCUCGUGUUGAACUGCAUGAAAUAUUCAGAAAAUUGAAAAGCUCGAAAAUGAUUAAUAAUAUUUAUGAUUGUCAAAUUUUUGCUUCAAUAAUGAAUAAAGGGCAUAGAAACAUACUUUCUUUAAUGAACAAAGAACAUAGAAACAUAUUUUCUCUACAUGUAGAAUACAUAGAUGAAAAUACACCGGAAAUUUUUAUUAAUUGUAUUCCGGUGAAAAAAAGUCAACAACAAAAAAUUUCAAUCGGGUGGAUUAUUGUGGGCUAUCCGAGAAACUUUGAUUUCGAUAAUACGGACGUAAUACUCAAAAGUGAUAAGUAUCUUGUUUCAGAAAAAGGAACCCACUUUGUAGCUAAAGACCUAGGUUACGAAGUUACUGGCUGCAUAUUAUGUACGUGUGUCAUUGAAGCUCCAGAAAAAACUGUGUCUCGAUAUAAUCCGUACAAAUCACGAAUUUUUGGUACACAUUGUCAUACACAUGAAAAUUCUGCAUGUAUAUUUACUCCUAAUGAUAACGACGAAAAUAUUGUAGUGCCUAGAUUGAAAUUAUUUUCUAGUAGAGGUAACUCUGGUCAGAAAAAUAUUAAAUGGGAAGAUGCCUUUACAUUUCCGUUUGGUAGAAAUUGUUCAAACGUUCAACUGUAUCAUGGAACUAUAAAAGUAGGCGUAGGUUCUAAGAAAGAUGCUAAUGGUAGCUCUCCAAAAGAAAAACAUUCUGAAAAUUCUGAGACUCCUAUAUUAUUAGUCAAUCAGCUUGUUGAAGAUUGUUCAACAAACGUUCAUGGACUUCUCAAUGUAAAAGUAGAUAAAGUAGAUGUAGAUUCUGUCGGAGUUAUUUAUGGUUCAUUGAAUUCAAAACUCUCAAAAAAAGACGGGAAAAUAGCCUAUCUGGUAGUUCACAAAACCCAAUAA